AUCGUCGGACCGUCAGAAGAUGCCGGCGAAAUAUCAUCUGGUCAUGGAAACGCUUCCCAGAUUCUCCCUCCGCCUUCUUCCGCUGUCUAUCGCCGCCGCGAAAUUCGCCGUGAUUACUCACCCGACCCGAUUACCCGUUUCCAGACCCGGGCCCUUCGGCCACGUGGCCUGUAAGCCCUAUAGUUAUUCGUCUUCCUCCUCUUUGAAGGCAAAUGCCGGCUGGUUUCUGGGUCUGGGCGAUAAGAAGAAAAUGAGCUUGCCGGAUAUAGUGAAAGCCGGAGACCCAGUUCUUCACGAACAGGCCCGAGAGGUCGACCCGGGGGAAAUCGGGUCGGAGCGAAUUCAGAAGAUCAUUGACGAUAUGGUGAAGGUUAUGAGAUUUGCUCCAGGAGUUGGUCUCGCUGCUCCUCAGAUCGGUAUUCCCUUGAGGAUUAUAGUUUUGGAAGAUACAGCAGAGUAUAUUAGUUACCAACCGAAAGAUGACAGUAGUGCACAAGAUAGACGCCCUUUUGAUCUCAUGGUGAUCGUGAAUCCGAAGCUUAAGAAGAAGAGCGACAGGACAGCCCUCUUCUUCGAAGGUUGUCUUAGUGUCGACGGAUUCAGAGCGGCAGUGGAGAGACAUCUUGAUGUGGAGGUGAUGGGGUACGAUCGGGAAGGCAAGGGGAUUACAGUGAGUGCUUCGGGGUGGCAAGCACGGAUCCUGCAACACGAGUGCGACCACUUGGAAGGAACGCUUUACGUGGAUAAGAUGGUUCAUCGGACAUUUAGGACCAUUGAGAACUUAGGCAUGCCUCUUGCCCAUGGUUGUCCUAACCUGGGCGCCCGUUAGGAGUUUCUUCAGUAUUUUGUUAGUGAAUUACUGUAUCUAUGAUGGAUUUGUUUUGAGGUUUCUUUAUAUGAAAUUUACUGUGACUUUGCAAUUUUUUAUGUUUAAGGGUCGUCAAUCCA